CCCUCCCAAAAGAGAGGGAAGCGCUUACAUUGCUUGGAAAAACUCCUCCUUCUCUGAUUUUCGAGAAACGUGUGAAAGUGUGUAAAUGCAUCCUUAUAAGAUAGCAGUCAAAGCUAAUAAAUUUAUCGGAGAAAAAUAAAUCCCGCUUUCUCACAGUUUAAACUGAAAGAUAAUAACAAGAAUAAUAAGCACAUCUGCUCGCUCUCGUGAAGUGAUGAACCCUCAAAGCUGUUUCCACGUUAGAUUGUCACGAGCAGAGAUAAUUUUCACACACACUUGAAAUUACUGUCGAUUCUUAAAGAGAUAAUCUUACGCUCAAUAGAUCUCACAGGGGUAUCUGUGUGGCAAACGCGCAGGUAUACACAUUUCCUCGACCGCGUGCUUACAUACGGAGAUAAUCUUUUUCAUAGCACAAUAGAUCUCAUACGAGUAUCUGUCGGACUUCUUGCCCGACACGCGCGCAGGUAUACAUAUUUCCACAUGCUUACCUGGACGUGCGUAUACACAUCUGACCCAUCCCCUUCUCGCUCAGGUAUACAUAUUUUCCCGACCGCUUGCUAGCCUACGCGCAAGUAUACACAUCUGGCUGAUUGCUUGCAGAUUAGCAGAUAGAUUAUAUGUCAAGUUAAUAUGUGCGUGUGUGCGUUUCAAGAACUAGGAUUUUGAAUUUUCAUACAGAUAAGUCGGAUACAUGCUGAAGACUGUCGCAUGAAAAUUUAAGAUAUGGACAGUCAACAAUGACCGCUCUCUCUCUCUCUCUCUCUCUCUCUCUCUCUCUCUCUCUCUCUCUCUCUCUCCAAGAACGCGUAGGCGUGUACUCGAGUGAUUGAGGGAUGGUCAAAUUUUGCUGAGAGGGAGGAGAUUUUGAAAAUUCCGGUGGGAAGUGUCUAAGGGAGGUUCAAUGAGAAGAAAGUGGAAAUUUUUCGCCAAUCGAAGGACUUUUGGCAAUUGAAGUGGAAAGGGAAGCUUCGCUGUUCACCGUAUUUAAGGACCUGGUGCAUGCUUCGUCAGUCAGUUCACUCUUCGUUUUCAAGUUCAUUCUUCAGUUUCAGUUCAUUCUUCUUUAAUUUCAGAUGAAGCAAUCAAUGGUAUAAGUGGUAAAAGGAUGACAAUCACAUCAUCUCAAGAGAGCGAAAAAUCAGCAGAAAAGAAGGAACGGAGAAAACUUUCGUUGUCUUUAAAAAAGACUGAUCUACCACCACCAUCUCCGCGACAGCAGACAUCACCACAGCCUCUCUAUCAUGGAGAUCAGCCGAUGAGACUUCAGCAUCAAGCAGAUCAGCCGAUGCCACUUGAGCAUCAAGCAGAUCAACCGAUGCCACUUCAGCAUCAACAAGAACUGCAAAUGUCACUACAGCAACGAGCACGACCGCGUAUAUUGCAUGACGAAAUGCUCAACGAUCCGCUUAUCGUGUUCGAUAAGAAAGCAAAUAUGCGAAACAAAUCUGAAUGAUAUUUUUCAAUAAAUUUUUGUAAUAAAUUUUUGUAAUAAAUUUUUGAUAAGAUAAUUGUAAAAAAAAUAAAAAUAAA